AUGGAUGAGGAAACAUUCAGAAAAAAAUCGCUCAAAGUGAUUGCUCGAUCAACCCCUGUCGAUCGAUCGUUAUCGAUAAGUAUGACAGAUACUACUCGCACGAACGCACUAACACUACCACCGAUCGAUGAAACGUCAGCAGAAAAUACUAACGAAAGCUUGCUCGAGAUGACGGCAAUCGAUCAGGCCGGAGAGCACGCGAAAGACCACAUCGAAAUGCGUUCGAUGGAACCGCUCGAGCUGCACUACGUGGAGGAUGGUACGGGCAGUUUGUCCGAGGUGGACGGUAGACGUAAGACACGCUCCAGCCAGACCCAAUCGUACGAUAUACACAAGGGUAUCGCGGAAAGUGCCAUGGACAUUUCGCUCCUAACAGCGAACGCCAACCAGCUGCGUUUGCUGAUGACAUACAACGAGAAGUCACACACGUACGUGGCGUGCAUAGUGCUGGUCAUUACCUCGCUAGUGUUGCAGAUAUUUGUGGCAAGCGGUGUUAUCAUUGUGAAGAGCUACCCAAGAUCCAAACAAAGUCAUCGGAUAUAUCAGCUUAAAGUGUGCACCUCCAUUAUGGUGUCUAUCAUCACGGUAAUAAAUAUACUGGUGGCUUCGCUAGUGAUCACCGACAAGUAGUACCCAUCGAC